UUAAAAUCAAACUCUUUUGUUAACUUGUUUUUUUUUGUAAAUAAGGUCGAAGAAGAGAGUACGAUAUAACUAACAUAAAAGAAAAAAAGAGAGAUAAAUAACAUGAAAAUUAGAAUUUAGAACCUAUUGAAUUCACUCCACACUCCUUUCCUUUUCUUCCCACAUAGAAUCUAUGCCCACCAUGGCACAAAACAAGGACCCCACUUCAACAAUCCACCCCAACUUCAUAAAAAAAAAACAUCAUCCUCUUCAUCAUCAAACAUUAAAACCUCAUCCUUUUCUCUUCCUCUCCAACACUAACACACUUACUUUAAAUAUAGUUAGUUAGUUAUUGUUUAUUCAACUUCAAUAACUAAACUAAAAACCUUUUUAUUACCUCACUCAAAAAAAAACUCAACAUCAAUUUCAAAUAUCAUAAUAAUUUUUUUUAUUAUUUUCAAAUAUAUGCUAGCCGGCGAUGCCGACGCCGGUAAGCACAGCGAGGCAAUGCUUAACAGACGAAGCAGCGCGUGCACUCGACGACGCAGUUUCAGUAGCGCGUAGACGAUCCCACCCUCAAACAACAUCUCUUCACGCCAUCUCAGCCUUACUCUCUCUUCCCUCCAACUCACUACGCGACGCGUGUGCACGCGCCGGAACUUCACCAUACUCACCUCGUCUUCAGUUCCGCGCCUUAGAACUCUCCGUCGGUGUUUCCCUCGACCGUCUCCCUACUUCCAAGUCCUCCGCCGUCUCCGACGGCGGAAACGGCGGACCUCCGGUUUCUAACUCUCUCAUGGCAGCCAUUAAACGCUCUCAGGCAAAUCAACGUCGUCAUCCAGAUAGUUUCCAUUUACUUCAAAUAAUGCAACAACAAAAUCAACAAAAUCAAACGGCGUCGUUUUUGAAAGUUGAAUUGAAGCAUUUCAUUCUUUCGAUUCUUGAUGAUCCUAUUGUUAGUAGAGUUUUUGCUGAAGCAGGUUUUCGUAGCUAUGAUGUUAAAUUCGCUUUACUUCAACCUCCUCCACCUUCUAGAUUCUUCCAUCGGUCUUCUACUCCGGUUUUUUUAUGCAACAUCGAACCAGUUGAACCGUUUCGGUUCGAUGAGAAUUCGAGAAGGAUUGUUGAGGUUAUUGCUGGAAAGAGUCAGGGGGUUAGUAAAAAGAAUCCUCUUUUGAUUGGGGUUUAUGCUAAAACCGCUCUUAAAAGGUUUAUUGAGUUAGUUCAAAGUGGAAAGAUUGGUUUUUUACCUAAAGAGCUUGAUGGGUUGAGUGUGAUUUCUAUUGAAAAUGAGAUUUUUGAGUUUGUUGUUGGUGGUGGAAGUGAGGAGAAGAUGGGGUUAAGAUUUGAUGAAGUGGGUCGUUUAGUUGAGCAAUGUUUGGGUGCUGGUGUUGUUGUUAGUUUUGGGGAGAUUGAGGUUUUUGUGAAGAUGAAUGAUGAUGAUGAUUGUGUUAAUGUUGUUGGUGAUGUUGUUGUUUCACGGUUGACAAGGUUGUUGGAGGUUUAUGGUGGGAAGAUUUGGUUGAUAGGUGUAGCGGGAAAUUGUGAAGUGUUUUCUAAGUUUCUAAGGUUGUUUCCAACCGUUGAUAAAGAUUGGGAUUUGCAUCUUUUGACUGUGACAUCUGCUACUCCUUCUAUGGAAGGACUAUACUCUAAAUCCAGCUUGAUGGGGUCCUUUGUUCCAUUUGGUGGCUUCUUUUCAACACCAUCUGAUUUCAGAAAUUCCAUAAGUUGUACAAAUUCAUCCUCAUCUUUAACUCUUUGUGACACAUGCAAUGAAAAGUAUGAACAAGAAGUUGCUGAUAAUGUGAAUGUAGUAGGACCAUCUACUUCAGCAUCAACAAAUUUACCUUGGUUACAAAAAGUGAAUGUAGAUUCAGAUAAUAGAGGAUUGAGUUUGGCAAAGACCAAUGAAGAUAAUACAAGUUUGAAUGCUAAGAUCUCUGGAUUGCAAAGGAAAUGGAGUGAUAUCUGUCAACAUCUUCAUCAAAACAAAUCAUUACCUGAAAUGAAUGUUUCCCAAACAUUAUCAAGGUUCCAAUCUCCAUUCCACGAGGGGUUUCGAUUUGGUCGAGGAACUAGCAAUCUUAAUGAAAUCCACUGUUCAAAUCCCAUUCCCUACAUGUCUAAAGAGUUACAAACUCCAUUUCCAUCCAAACAGAUAAUACCAUUUUCACAACCUUUUGAUACUAAUCUUUGUGCCAAAGAUAAAGCCGUACAUGUACCAAAACUUUCAAAAUUCGACACACAAAGUCCUCUGCUUGACCGCAAGUCAUCUUCAUCGCUUACUCCUGUCACCACAGAUUUGGUUUUGGGAACUAUGUAUACAUCGGUUACUCAUGAGCCGGAUACACCUAAACUAAAUGAUCAUAAGAAGCAUCUGCAGCAUUUGUCGGAUUCUCUUUCGACCGAUUUUGAUACUAUGAAUGAGAGUACUUCAAAUCAAAUUGCUAGAUCAUCUUCAUACUCUGGUCCAAAUUUAGACAGUCUAUUUGAAAUGGUUGAUUUCAAGUCACUUUACAAACUUCUUACUGAAAAGGUUCCGCUGCAAGACGAGGCAAUAUAUGCUAUCAUUAGAAUUAUGACACUUUGUAGAUCUGGUGCCGGAAAGCAUAGUCAAUCGAAUUCGAAUGUUAGAGCAGACACGUGGUUUUCUUUCCUUGGACCAGAUAGAGUUGGAAAAAGGAAAAUUACUUCGGCACUUGCGGAAACUCUAUUUGGAAGCAAACAAAGCCUAAUCUCGGUGGAUUUGAGCUCUCAGGAAAGGUUUCAACCUUCAAACUCAAUUUUUGAAUGUCAAGACGUGCUUAGGAGGAAGACAGUUGUGGAUUAUAUUGCUGGCGAGUUGAGUAAAAAGCCGCGUUCGGUUGUGCUUCUUGAAAAUAUAGAUAAAGCUGAUAUACUUGUGCAGAAUAGUUUGUUCCAAGCAAUAAGAACAGGAAAAUUUCCAUACUCACAUGGAAGGGAAAUCAGCAUCAACAAUUCAAUCUUUGUUGUGACCUCUUCUGUGUUGAAAGAUAACGGCUAUUCUGAUUUGGAAAAGGAGCCUAAAAUGUUCAACGAAGAAAGAAUCUUUGAAGCUAAAAGAUAUCAGAUUGAAUUAUCAUUUGGACAAGCUUCUGAGGAUGUGAUGAGAAGCAGUAGUACAAUUGUGAGGGUUGCAAAGAGAAAAGGGUCAUUUCUGAAUAAAAGAAAGCUCGUUGAAAUUAGUAAUUCCAAUGACAAAGUAACUAGCAAGACAAUGAAACACGUAAGAGAGGUAUCACGGUCCUUUCUUGAUCUGAAUAUGCCUCUAGAUGAGGAAGUUGAGGAGGAUAUUGAUUAUAAUGAUUGUGAAAGUGAUUCAGCAGUUCAAAAACCUGAAGCAUGGUUAAAUGAUUUCCUUGAUCAAAUUGAUGGAAAAGUGGUUUUUAAGCCUUUCAAUUUUGAUUAUCUUGCUGAGCAAGUAAUAGAAUGCAUUGACAAACAAUUUCAAACAACAUUUGGAUCAGAGUUUGUGCUGGAAAUUGAUCAUGAUGUCAUGUUACAGAUACUUGCAGCUUUUUGGAUAUCAGACAAGAAAAAAUCGGUGGAAGAUUGGAUUGAACAUGUUCUUGGAGGUAGCUUUGUUGAGGCACAAAAGAAGUAUCACAAUGCAGCUGAGAAUGUCAUAAAAUUGGUUAAAUGUGAAAGCAUUUUUGUGGAAGAGCAAGCUACAGGAGUAUGCCUUCCAGCUAGAAUUAAUUUGAAUUGAAUUUUUGAUCUCUAUAUGUAUUGUAAGUAAUGUAAUUACUUCGUAUAAUGUAGCCUAUAGCCUUUAGGGUAUAGCAUUUUCAGACUAAUUAAUCCACAAAUUUUCAUUUUGUGAUCAUUGUGAUGUGAUUUCCUAUGGUAAAAGAAUUUGUAAUCUUCGCUAGCUUGAUGAUGACUAUGGUGAACCAAUUGCCAAUCGUGGGCAUGAUCCUACAUGGAAUAGGCCAUUAAUCAGAGGAGGUCAUCCUGCAUGGAGAAAAGGCUGAGAACAAAUUUUAAAUGCUAUGGAUCAUAUGUAUUCAAAUAUUAUUUAUUUUAUUUUCAGUUAAUGUACUUGCAACAAUAUUUAACCUUUACUUUAUAGUUUAAA